CGUUUAUUGCGCGUUUUCUCGUUUUUCACAAAUUGUUUAUUUAUUGUCAAAAAUAAAAAGUAAUUGUCAAUAAAAUGUUUUAUCACAUUUCAUUGGAGCACGAAAUUCUGUUGCAUCCGCGCUAUUUUGGACCGCAACUGCUGGAGACGGUGAAACAGAAGCUAUACUCGGAGGUGGAAGGCACGUGUACCGGCAAAUAUGGUUUUGUUAUAGCUGUAACAACCAUUGAUCAAAUUGGUUCCGGUGUUAUACAGCCUGGUCAAGGAUUUGUUGUCUACCCAGUAAAGUACAAGGCAAUUGUCUUUCGACCAUUUAAAGGCGAAGUGCUUGAUGCGGUGGUCAAGCAAAUAAACAAAGUUGGCAUGUUUGCCGAAAUUGGACCUCUAUCAUGUUUUAUUUCACAUCAUUCUAUUCCCGCGGAUAUGCAAUUCUGUCCAAAUGGCAAUCCACCAUGCUACAAAUCCAAAGAUGAGGAUGUAGUUAUAUCGGGCGAGGAUAAAAUACGACUGAAGAUAGUCGGAACGCGUGUAGAUGCCACUGGCAUUUUUGCCAUUGGAACAUUGAUGGAUGAUUAUCUAGGACUAGUUUGUAAUUAGAUAGGCUCAACCCGUCGCAGUUUUACAAUACAAUUAAUAUA